AUGAGAGGGGCCGCCAUCAAAAACGUGCAGGAUGCCCGGGGAGACACACAUGAGAAUGGCUUCCGCUACAUUCUCAACAUGUCAGCACGAGCACGGGCAUUGCUACGUCAACACUUAGUGGCUGGUUGUGCUGUCGAUAGGUAUGGUUUGCCCCCCGAUCGCUACCUGGGCCCUGCUGAUGGUCUUCCCACAACGGACCACCUCCAACAGAUGCGGGACUGGUGCGUGGGUCAGCAUCAUUCCCACGCACAAGCGACUUUAUGCCUUUGUGUGUGGGCGACCCAUUGGAACGCAUUUAUAAGUGAGUGAGGGGAGGAUGGCAAGUGGGAGAAUGGGGCCAUCUCUGGUGCUGUUUAUCCUGUCACGCCAGGGCCACAAUGA